AUGGCGGGCGUCACGGAAGACGAGGCGGCGUUGUAUGACCGCCAAAUUCGAUUGUGGGGCCUCGAGGCUCAGAACAAGAUGCGCUCCGCACAUGUUGUCGUCGUUUGCUUUUCCGGCGUCGCUACCGAAGUGAUCAAGAACAUUGUGCUGAGUGGAAUUGGGUCCCUCACGAUCGUGGACAGCGAGCUUGUGCGGCCCGACGAUCUGGGUGCAGGGUUUUUCUUCCGCGAUACCGAUAUCAGCAGGAAGCGGAUCGCUGAGGCGCCGCUCGCACGCGUACAAGCGCUAAAUCCGCUUGUCAAGGUGCGGGGCGCAGAGCAUUCUGCCGUUGCAUCCAGCGAUGCAUGCAAGAUGCUGCAGGCAGAUGUGCUGGUCGCAUGUGCAGGCACGCGUGCGGAGCUGGAGACGCUCAAUACGCACUGCCGGGCUCACAAUACCAUGUUUUACGCGACGCAGGCGCAAGGUAUGGGCGGCUUCAUCUUUAGCGAUCUCGGCCCACACUAUACGUACGCACUCGAACUACCUAUGCCAGGCAAGCAAGAGAAACAGCGCUUUCGGUACACACAAUCAUUUGUUACGCUGCACGACUCGCUGCGCACGACGUGGAGUAAAUCACCGCGGGAGGACGAGAUUGUGGGACAGCCAGUGCGACGGAUCAGCGCUGGGCUCUGGGCGACGUGGGCCUUGUGGGAGCUGCAAUCGCGCAAGGAGCCUGUAUUGAGCGUAGAAGAUUUCGCUACUAAGCUAGAAACGCUGGCCACCGAUCUCAUGCGCGCCAAAAAUGUCCAGGUCGAGACGCUUGCUCGUCAGGUCGACAUGCCGCACUUUUUUGCCACAUUUGCGCGUGCGAUGUAUACACAUGUGAGCGAGAAUAGCGUCGCAGGCUUUGCGCCUGUGACGGCGGUCCUCGGCGGCCUUCUUGCGCAGGAUCUGCUAAAUGCAUUGGGGCAUACCCAAGUGCCUAUGGUGAAUUGGUGCAUUCUCGAUGCAAGCAGCGGCACCGCGCCGAUUCAUGCGAUCGGUACAUUGCCGGCUACGAAAGAGGCGUAG